CCUGGGAUGGCAUGAGUGCGAGUAAAUGCUCAUUAUUGGGUGAACUAUCCCUUUAAAAGGAUUACCGGUAGUGUAUAUGUGGCCAAGCCAAGGCGCGGACUGGCCAUUGGGACGUUCGGGAAUUUUCCCCGUGAAACAGGCCGGUUUCUAUGUAAAAUCCCGGGCCGAUUACUCUUCCCAGUCCGCUCCUUGUCUAGCUCAAGUGUAUAAUUCUUAUUCUGGUAACAAAAAUAAACAGAACACAAAGUUAAAAACACAUGAUAACUGAUUAUAGGGAUUUUAAAAUACUGUAAACUGUUUUUCAAAGCUGUGAUCGGAUACUGUGCUGUGCUGCUGAGGUGGAUGACUAAUGCAAAUUCCUAUGGAGAAAUUGCCCUCUAGUGGACACCUGAGAUUUUGAGGGGAUAUUUUGAAUAAUAUGUACAAUGACCAUCAGCCAUAACAGAGUGACUACCAUGCAAAUAGAUGCACAUGAGCGUGUUGUCUAGACUCAGUGUUGCAGGUCAGUGGUAUCGUGACAAGAGCCAUAUUAAAAUGCCACUCCUUUCUUGAGAUUUUGUUUUGGUUUUUAACACAGAUAAGGCUAUGGAAAUAAUUUCCUACUUACCUACAAUUAAACCUAUUCAAAGGUGUACAGUCAGCCAUGAUUAAUUCAAUCCAUAAGUGAAAGUGGCCAAUAACAGGGCAGUUACAGUAGUAGUAUUCAGUACCAUGUGAUCAAAACAUGGCCCCGCCCCCCCAUGUGAGGACCCUCUCCAUGUAGAAUGAAACAGCUUUUAUAAGGUUACUGAUAAGACUGGAGUCCCAAUCUCAUGUGAAUGCUCAUAAUUUUAUAUAAAUAUGUUUCAAAAUUACUUACAACUUUUUUAAUGAGGACAAAAAUACUGAACGCACCUUUAAGGAACUUAAAUUUCCAAAAAUUAAAAUUCACCCUCAUGCCAUCACAAAUGCGUGAUCUUAUUUCUUCAGCAGAAAACUUUUAGAAGAAUAUCUCAGCUCUGUAUGUCCAAACAAUGCAAGCUGACAGGGUCCAACAUUUUGAAGCUCCAAAAAGCACAUAAAUGUAGCAUAAAAGUAAUCCAAAUGACUCCUGUGGUUUAAUCCAUGUCUUCGGAAGCGAUCUGAUUAGUUUUGGUAGCUUUUGCCAUUGCAGUCUCUGGGCACGAUCAUGAUUUCAAGCUCGAUUACACUCCCUUGUGCUUGAUGCAUGCGCAGAGCGCUAGAUGGGGCUAUAGGAAGUGUAAUCAAGCUUGAAAUCAUGAUAGCCAAGGAGACUGUGGAUGUCAAGAUGUAUAGUGAAAAUUGGUCUGUUCUCACCCAAACCGUUUUGAUCACUUCAGAAGACAUUGAUUAAACACUGGAGAUGUAUGGGGUACUUUUAUGCUACAUUUAUGUGCUUUUUGGAGCUUCAAAGUUCUCGCCACCAUUCACUGGCAUUGUAUGGACCUACAGAGCUGAGAUAUUCUCCUAAAAAUCUUAGUUUGUGUUCAGCAGCAGAAAGAAAGUGAUGGGCGUGAAAAUUAUGAGAGAAUUUUAAAUUUUUGGGUGAACUAUUCCUAUAAUUUUAGGCGACUAUUUGCCCUAGCUGCACACAGGGAUCUACUAGUUUAUUGUGUUUUAAGAUAAAUUAGUGUCCUGUAACUCUUCCGGUGACUUCUGAUUUUUCACAGUUUGAUUAUCUGUCUAUAAUAUACAUUUAAUAUAUAUUUUUAAAUGUGUUUAAUUUUUUUGUUAAGACUGGCAACCCCUGUUCAGGGCUGUUUUCAUCCUGUAGUACCAUAUUGGACCACUAGAUACAGCCAUUAUGCAUACAUCUGCAACUUUAAGCCAUUUCUAUACAUAUCAGCUAUAGGGAAAAAUCAGUUUUACAGAAUUACACCAAAAAAAUAAGUUUGUUAAUAAUUGUAUCUCUUAUUUGCCUCUAACAUUGCUCAGCGACGAUAACCACAAAAGAUAACCACAAACGAUAACAUGAUUCAGUUAGCUGAUAUAAUAAUAAAUUAAUCUCAUAUACACAACUCGAUAAAUGCACAAUAGGCAAUAUAGCCUAAACAAAUAUGAAAUAUAUUGCACUGCAAUAUAAUUAACGCUAUCCCUUAAAUGUAUAUAACAUUAUAAAACAUCGGCACUGCUCAGUGUUUUCCAUAUCUUCUCUAUAUUUAUCGAUUUACUGUAGAAUAGAUAUGAUAUUGGCGAUAGUGUCGUUUACACCUGUGCGCGCUCCCGUGCUUGUGAAAGUCUGUACAAAGGUGAACAAGGCCGAGAAUGUGGGUUACGCCGAGUCAAACGAUCGACCAAUCACAGGCCUCCUAACAGUCGCUCAAACCAUAGGGCGCGUCUGAUUGGUGGAAAUAUUGGCCACGGAACACAUCGGAACAGUUGUAAAAAAGCUCAGUGUGUACUGUGUACUAAACUCAUGUGCCGGUAACAGAAGUGUACGGACUCAUUCAGAUUCAGUAGGCGUUCAUCAUGCAGGCACACGAGCUGUGGAAGCAGGUGAGAAUCCCUGAUCUGACGGAGUUGAGAGAUUAUCUCCGCAGUCUGUCCACCAACACUCUCCUCGGCAUGGGCGCGUUUACAGCCGUCACAGCGUACUGGUAUGCCACGAGACCCAAAGCCCUCAAACCACCCUGUGACCUGCGAGUGCAGUCGGUAGAGCUGCCGGGUGGAGAGCUUGCGCGCCGGUCUGCGAUAAUAAAUGGUGAUGUGCUCUUGACUCAUUUCUACGACGACGCCAAGACGAUUUACGAGUGCUUUUACCGGGGUCUGAGAGUGUCGAGUUUUGGACCUCUAUUGUUCCACCCCAUGGGUCAUCUUCCCCCUCCUCCAAUGAGAUUGAGACCUCCAGGCCUCAUCCAUUACCCAUCCUAG